UUGAACUGUCUGGGCUAAAAAAUGCGUGCGGUUACAAUAUUGUUGUUGGGUGUGAUAUUAAUGGGCAGUUGUUCCUUGCUGAUAGAGGCCUAUCCUCAAGAUAGCUCAACGACAACAACAACAACAACAACAACAACGACAACAACACCCAAGCCAAAGGAGGAAAGCUCAAGUAGUAGCACCACCCCCUCAACCACCACCACCUCCACUACCACCACUACAGAGAAGCCUAAGAGUGAUAGCUCUUCGACAACAACAACCUCAACAACAACCACACCAAAACCAACCACAACAACAACAGCAGCAACAACAACAACAACAACGACAACAACAGCCAAACCCGAUGACGAACUAGAGAAACUAUUACAACAAUGCGCCGAAUUGAGCCAUCGUCACAAACGUGACGACGACUCCUCCGAGGAGGAUGACGAUCAUGAUCACAGGUCGGGUAAAAAGGAGCGCAAGAAGCUCAAGAAGAUGUGCAAACAACUGAGAAAGCAACAGGAACGCAAACAGGAGAAGGAGCAGCGCGAUUCCCAAUCGGAAUUGGCCGACGCACUGCGAGCCUACAAUCGGCGUAACAAGCACAGAAACUAAGUAAUUUAAGGAGUUUUCAUGGAAUUGUCCCUCUCUUUUUUUUUUUUUUUGGUUUUUUAAUGAAAGUUUUGCAGUAAAUAAAUCAAACUAUAUUUGUUGUGAAUUGAUAUCAAUGAUAAAUGAAA